GUAGGUGACAUCAGUCUGGGUCAGGUGGUGACGGAAGGAAAGUGGGGGCAGCAAUGCGUGUUUAGUAGCCAGGGAAUUGGUCCGUUUGAUUGGGCUCGGGUCGUUGCUGCUCGUCAGCCUGAUGAGGUUGCAGUGACUGCGUGGGAAAACAAACGAGUUGUGACAUACAGCAUCGAUGGUAACCCGAAAAGCACAAUUCCGAUGCAAGGAUAUUCACGAGGUAUUGCAGCUACACCCACCGGCAAUCGGUUGGUGGUUGUUGAGGAUAACGCAUCCCACGUGAAUGUCUUCGACAAGGACAACACGCUAGCUUUUCAGUUCCCCACAGUGCCACCGAUUGAGGUCGGUAAGACCGCAGUUGACCUCCAGAGUGUAGCAGUCAAGACAGAUGGAACCAUCGUAGUCGGUGAUAUCGAGAGGAUGGUGCUGACCGAACACAGCCCCACGGAUGGCCAACUCAGAAGCACAAUCACAGUCAAGAUUAAACCUUUUUAUCUGACUGUUGACAGCAGUGAUCGAGUUGUACUCAGUGGAUGCUCAAUGUCAGUGGGUAUUGUUGACAGGAAUGGCGAUACACUGCACACCAUCAGACCUACCAUCAAUGAUGAGGUCGUUCAAUACUGUACUGGUGUAUGCGCAGACAGCGCAGGCAUCUAUGUUGCAAUGCACAAUGGUCUUGGCACCGGUCAUAUCCACCACUAUGACCCUCAAGGUGGCUUUCUCCACUGCAUCGCACAGGGUCUGUGCUCCCCCCAUGGGAUGACAUUCACAGCAGACGGGCAACUGGCAGUAGCCGACUACUACUCCGUGAAGAUAUACCACGAAGUGUGAUAUGAAAUAGUGAUUAAACGUAUGAAUUAAUGAUACGUCAUUCUGAUUGGGGUGCAGUUUCAAUAACAGGCAGGUGCGGCUCUUGGGGGUAGUGAGGUCUUAACCCUCCUAAACAAAUUUAAUGCAAAAUGUAAAAAAAGGAAGGAGAAACAGUUGAUUUCCAAUUUUGCAUAUAUUGUUUGCAAAAUUAAAUGAGUAGCCCAUGAUCAUUCUUUAGACUCCCAAAGUGAAAGGUCAGUGGUCAGUUUCUUGAAAACUUGGUAAGAAACUGUAUAACCUCACUAUGUCUCGGUUAUGAUGAUACAAGAGUGUGUCGGGAAUUCGAGGCAAGUGAGAAAAUAUAUCCAAGUGCCAAGUUUCAUGAUCUGACAAAUCGUUGACUGAUGUAUAUAAAUACCUGAAGCUUCUGCUUACAUCAAAUCUACCGAAUAAUUGGCUUUGCAGUAGGAAUGGAAGAACAUCGUUGAUUUUACAAAGGAGGACCUUUUUAAACGCAGGCGGCAGCGGACGCGCCGGCCCGUUUUGCUUGUACUGGGCUCCCGCGCGUAGUUCAUUUCAUCUGUCGUGGUGAUACCUGAUUUCAUGUUUUAGGAGUUCACUUUUCAAAAGGGAUUUCCCCCAAAUUAGUGUAAAUUCUGCAUCUAUUACACGUAUGUUCAUGCCCCUCACUUAGUUGGUGCGCAUGCGCACUGAAUCCAACUACACUCCCAGAAGCCAGUAAAAUGGCUCUUCACUCGGGCAGCUGGACCCCAAAAAUAAUCGAUCAACAUCAAGCUCAGGUAACGUCUUUUGCCCCUCAUUUCCCUACCGAUUAAAAUUUAAACACUCAAAAGUCCCUUUUGCUAACUUGGACCAAUAAAAGGUUAUUUUCUGCCACAUUUUUGCCCGUCUUUGUCACGUACCUGCAAAAUAAGAGUGAGAAGUUGGUAGUGAGGACAAUAUUUUAGAGGGGAUUGUUUUUUCAGUUUUGCCGGGUUUUCUCUGACAUUUUUCUGCUUGUGAAUGGUGGGGAAUAUCAUGAACGCUCUAGCGAGAAAGCAUCACACAAGAAGGAAAUCGUAUGAAUGAGGGCGGAAAGUUUUUGUUUGUUCCUUUUAAGUUGGGCAAUUUGACGUGAUUGUACGAAUUUUUGCAAUGCAGUAGAUCAACUCGUACGCAAACGUACUCGUAUCCAGGGGUAUGUAUGUAUACGUGUGCACCAUGCCCCAAAUCCGGACAUCUCAUUUUUCACCGCUGCCAAACUCAACGCAGAAAUUUGAACCCGCAUGAAAAACGAACCGCAUUUCAGACAAAUGGCUCUCGAUCUUGAAAUAAAUGAGUUGAUAGAAAAAAAAAUCAGUCUUCCAGACAGUAUCACUGAUGAUCUGAGGGGAAUCCAACACAAGUGUGAGAAUUGGGCACUAAGUAAGGUAAAAAAAAAAAAAAACACAGAAGAUGACGAAAAUGGAUCCCAAUGAAAUAUGGAGUGAAUUUCAAAAAACGGUUUUCUUCCUUGAAGUAACCCUUUUUUGUACAUAAGAGAUACUAGUCUUUCGUGUGGCAUCAAAGUUAUUUGAAGGUAAACUAGGCAAAGUUGUGAAAAUUAGACACAAAGCUAGGUAAAAAACCAAAUUUUCCAAGUUUUAGGGGGUUCAGGGGGCGGAGUCUGCUUGGAAGGUUAAAACACAAAUAAUUCCCGUGCUCUCAAGAAAACAAAACUGCACAAUUGUGGUACAUCGGCGUUACCGUUAUUUUGUGUGCGCUCUAUGAUAUCUUUUGUCUUCUUUUUUAUGUGAAGCGCGCGCAGGCCCUUUUACUUUGAAAUCUUUACGGCGCGUCAAGUUUGAAUUUAUGGCCAAGUGCGAAACUGGAUCGAAAUAGUCUAGAGAUGUACCUCUUGCUGGAAUAAUUGAAUAAUGCUGAGAAAGUAGAACAAAAAAUUGGGAAAGUAUGAAAGGAACAGGAAUAAACUCUGACAAAAUUUGUUUUCUAAUAGAGAGGA